AUGGCCAACAUCCUCAUGCUUCUUUCCUUUCUCCUUAUGAACUUCCAUCAGUGUUUGGCUCAAACUGGCUCCGCCAUAAGCCCGGGUUCCUCCAUUACUGCAGGAUCUACCCAUUCCUGGGUUUCUCCAUUAGGGGACUUUGCUUUCGGUUUCUAUCAUCUUUCCAACGAUCUCUACCUUGCCGGAAUUUGGUUUGAUAAAAUCCCCGAAAAGAUACUGGUUUGGUCGGCCAACCGUGACAAUCCGGCGCCGCUGGAUUCCGUCGUCCAGUUGAACAACACCGGCCAUUUUGAAAUUCUGUCCCCAACCGGCUCCAUUAUUCCAUCAACAUUUACAGAGCAGAAGACCCCUGCAAGUUCCGGCCAAAUGCAAGACGAUGGCAACUUGGUGUUGAAAAACGCCAAUCCUGAGGCCGUCUGGCAAAGCUUCGAUUGGCCGACAGACACGCUCCUUCCCGGACAGGUUUUGGGCGUCGACAAAAAAAUGUUCUCUGCAAGAACCAACUCAGAUUUCUCAACUGGGAAUUUCAUGUUGCAAAUGCAAAGCGAUGGGAAUCUGGUGCUAUCCAAUUACCUCUUCUCUAAUAUUGGGUAUUGGUUCACAAUCGCAACAGAGGUUCCAAACACUGUCUUGAUGUUCGAUAACUCUGCUUCAAUGUUCCUUACCAAUGGAACUUCCCCAAUUGGACAGAUAUUUCGCAAUUUGACAGUGAAUGAUCAAGCCCCAAUUAAGGAUUACUAUCACAGAGCAACAAUCGGCGUCCAUGGCGAUUUUCGACAAUAUAUUCACCACAAGACAGACAGAAAUGAAUGGAAAAAGAUUUGGGGAGCCAUGAGCGAUCCUUGCCUUGUGAACACAGUUUGCGGCUUAAAUGGUCUCUGCAUAUCAUCCGACAACGACACAGUAACCUGCGAUUGCUUGCCGGGCUUUGUUCAUUUGGAUCCGACCGAUGCUAUGAAAGGAUGUCGGCCAAAAACAGUGGACAAUUACCAUAGUGAAGAUUAUGGGAAGACAUUCGAGAUCCAGGUGAUCAAUGAUGUCGAUAUCGACUUCCCCCCUGGAGCAGGACAAUUUUCAGUAUUGGCUACUACAAACGACGUUGAUGUUGAGGGAUGCAAACAGGACAUGAUUAAGAACUCUAAUCAAAGUGCCUUCAGGAAACAGUCUGAUGGGUUUAAACAACAAACCAAAGGCAAAUCGAAAUACCGAAAGUUCUUGGAGAUCGGCAAUAUAAUCGCUGGAGUUCUUGCUUUUUGCUUCGGAGUCGUUGCCCUCUUCUCUCAUCCCAUAACUGGAAGAUUGUUGAGAAGGAAGCAACGUUCAAGUGCAAGUGCCAUCGGAAUCAAUUUCCGGGAAUUCACUUACCAGGAAUUGGAUGAUGCAACCGAUGGAUUCCACAGGAUCCUCGGCCGGGGAUCUUCGGGUAAAGUGUUCCGCGGAGAUUUACACAUAGACGGUGUUGAGGUGGAAAUUGCAGUGAAACUGCUCGACAAAAUGCAUGAAAGAACUGAAAAUGAGUUCGUGACGGAGCUCACAAUCAUCGGCCGGACGUAUCACAAGAAUUUGGUCCGAUUGUUAGGUUACUGCAUCGAAAAGGAUAAUCAAUUUCUUCUAGUGUAUGAGCUAAUGCCGAGGGGAGCACUAUCAGGUUUCCUAUUUGGCAGUGGCGAAAACCCUAAUUGGGCACAGAGGGUCGAAAUUGCGUUGGGAAUAGCUAGAGGAUUAGCGUACUUACACGAAGGAUGCGAGACGCAGAUCAUCCAUUGCGACGUGAAGCCCCAAAACGUACUCCUCGACGCCAAUUACACAACGAAAAUCGCAGAUUUUGGGAUAUCGAAGCUGUUGAUGAAGGACCAAACGAGAACAAACACGGAGGCGAGAGGGACAUUUGGGUACAUGGCGCCGGAGUGGCUGAGGGGAGCUCCGGUGACGGCAAAGGUGGAUGUAUUCAGCUAUGGGGUAAUGCUGUUGGAGAUAAUUUGCCGUAGAAGGAACGUUGAGUUGGAUCGAGUGGAAGAAGAAAGUGAGGAGGAGGACUUGGUUUUAUCGAAUUGGGUUCUGAGUUGCGCGGCGGCCGGUAAACUGGAGACGGUGGUGGGAGAUGAGCCGGAAACAUUAAGGGAUUUGGACAGGUUUGAAAGGAUGGCAAUGGUGGGGUUAUGGUGCAUUCAUCCAGAUGCGUCUCAAAGACCAUCCAUGAAGAAGGUGACCCAAAUGUUAGAAGGCACGGCCGAUGUUGGAACCCCUCCUCAGCUUCUGCGCGCCACAACCUCCUCCUCAGCUGCUCUACUUCUGUGGACCGGCUCCAUCCCUUAUAGUGAAUAAGCUUCAACUUUUUUCGUGUUAUUUUAAACAAAAUACUCUUCCUUUAAUUUCUUUUCAAUUCAUUUUUAAAUGUUCCCUACUUGAUUUAU